AUGACAUCCAUCUACACAGUGGUAACGAAGUUUGACCCUUUAUCGAUUGAAAGCAAAAAAGCAGCAACAGUGGUGCUAAUGCUUAAUUCUCCAGAAGAGGAAGUUUUGGCUAAAGCAUGUGAUGCUAUAUAUAAAUUUGCAUCAAAAGGUGAUGAAAACAAAGUGACACUUCUUAGUCUUGGAGCUGUGGAGCCUUUAUUUAAACUAGUCUCACAUGAAGACCCACUUGUGCGCAGAAAUGCCAUCAUGGUAUUUGGAAUCAUGGCUUCUAAUAAUGACGUCAGAAAAUUAUUAAGAGAGCUAGAUGUCACAAAUUCAGUCAUAGCUCGGCUGGCGCCAGAAGAAGAUAUAGUUGUCCAUGAGUUUGCCAGUCUUUGCCUAGCACAUAUGGCAGUUGAAUAUACCAGUAAAGUGCAAAUAUUUGAGCAAGGUGGACUAGAACCACUUAUCAGAUUGCUAAGUAGCCCUGAUCCUGACGUUAAGAAGAACUCUGUUGAAUGCAUCUAUCACCUCGUACAGGAUUUUCAAAGCCGUGCUGCAGUUCGUGAACUAAAUGCAAUUCCUGCCUUGCUGGAACUGCUGAAAUCUGAAUAUCCAGUUGUUCAAUUGUUAGCUCUCAAAACCUUUGGUGUAAUUAGCAAUGACAGAGAAACCAGGAUAAUACUGAGAGAAAACCAAGGAUUAGAUCAUCUUUUUAAGAUACUGGAAACUAAGGAAUUUAAUGAUCUUCAUGUGGAAGCUCUUGCAGUGAUGGCAAAUUGUCUUGAGGAUGUGGAUACUAUGCAACUAAUUCAGCAGACAGGAGGUCUUAAAAAGCUACUUUCAUUUGCAGAAAUGUCUACCAUUCCUGAUAUUCAGAAGAAUGCAGCAAAGGCAAUUACUAAAACAGCUUAUGAUCCUGAAAAUAGAAAAAUUUUGCAUGAAGAAGAGAUUGAAAAGUGCCUCAUAACCCUUUUGGGAACUGACAAUGAUGGUGCUAAAGCUGCUGCUUCUCAAGCUAUUUCUGCUAUGUGUGAGAAUUUAGCUAGCAAAGAUGCUUUUGGAAUCCAAGGGAUUCCCCAGCUAGUUCAGUUGCUAAGCAGUGAGAAUGAAGAGGUAAAAGAAGCUGCUGCCAUAGCUCUGGCUAAUCUCACAACAGGCAGUCCUAGCAAUGCAAGUGCUGUUGCUGAAGCUGAAGGAAUCGAGCCAUUAAUAAAUGUCCUGAGUGCUAAGAGAGAUGGGACUGUUGCUAAUGCAGCUGCAGUACUAACAAAUAUGGCCAUGCAGGAGCCAUUACGUCUCAGCAUCCAUGGUGUUAUGAAUGCAAUUGUAGAACCACUACAGUCUACCAACAGCCUGGUACAAAGCAAAGCAGCACUCACUGUGGCUGCACUUGGUUGUGACGCUGAUGCAAGAACUGAGUUAAGAAAUGCAAGUGGACUUGAACCACUCGUUAAAUUGCUACAUUCUAAGAAUGAUGAAGUCAGAAGAAAUGCCUGUUGGGCAGUUAUGGUUUGUGCAAGUGAUGAACUAACAGCAGUUCAACUUUGCAGGCUAGGUGCUUUAGACAUCCUGGAAGAAAUUAACUUGUCAACAGGGCGCAAAAAUAACUUCAGUGAAGGAGCUCUGGACAAGCUACUUGAUAACAACCUUUCCCAAAAAUACAGCCAAAUGGGGUACUUAUCAUCCAGUAACAUAAUUACUGAUGGGUUCUAUGAUUAUGGUCAGGUAAAGCCUGGAGUGAAACUUUUGUCUUUGGAGGAACUGAGUAUACAAGAGCUUAAUGAUCAUCGUGCUAUAAUUUUAGUUAAUGCUAAACUACCAGAAGUUUCCCUCAGUGCAGAGGACAAAUCACAAGAUCCAUAUUAUGGGCGAACCACAUCUUCUUCUUCUAUUAGAAAAAGUAGUAAAGAAAGAACAAGUGCAGUGGUAUCUCCUGUGGAGGAAAAACAAGACUCUUCUGGACGAUCUCCCUCUUCGCUCAGCAAAAGCAGCACUAGAGAGAAAGGCUCAAGAAAAGGAAAAGGAAAAAAAGAAGAAGAUAAACCAAAAGAAGAAGAAGAGUUGCAAACAAUGCUUAAAGUCCAGCAGGAAGUAAUUCUUGAAAAGUUACCAUGGCUGCCACCAUUUGACUCCAUUUUACUGGAUUACAUUAUUGAUGCUUCCAAAAUAAUCCUACCAUUAACUACUACCAAAGAACAGGUUGUGGCACUUGCACUGUUUGUUGCAGAUAAGAUGGGUGGCCCAAUUGAAAGAGACAAAUUACAUGAAUUCAGCUGGGAACUUCAUAUAAGUGAAAUUGAAUUUGAACUGAAAUGCAAUGUUGUACCUAUUGGGAAAAUCAAGAAAGGGACUUUCUACCACAGGGCUUUGCUUUUCAAGGUUAUAGCAGACAGAAUUGGCAUUGGCUGUAGUUUAGUUCGUGGAGAAUACGGCAGAGCUUGGAAUGAAGUUAAAUUAGUUGACGAUUCUCCUCAAGGAAUAACUGGGCUUCUACUUCCUCCUCAAGUGUAUAUUGUAGAUCUAAUGUACCAGCCAGGCUGCUUAAUGAAGCAAGGCACUCUUCCAGCUAGGUCGUCAAACCAGUCAGUCAUGGACUGCUUUGGCUGCCUGGAAUCCAUGCAAUUCACAAAUGCAGGUGCAGAGAAUGUACAAUUUACUCCCAGCAGCAGUGCAAACAGGCCCACAUGGGCCCACCAAUAUCUUUCACCCAGAUCUGGAGAAACAUUCAGGAUAACUGAAGUGUGUUUUAUCUUUGUGUGA